AUGGCCGCGCCAGCAUCGAGUCUCGAGCCGGCGCUGCAGCAGCUCUUGGACCAGCACGAGUUCCUCGAGGUGCUCGAGACCGGCGGCCACGAUGAGCCUAAGCGUGUGCGCGUGAAGUGCCAACUGACGCAGCACGAGAUGCUGCCGCGCGCUGACGUUGUGACGGCGCACCUCACGUCCAAGAAGUUUUGCAAAGCGAGAGACUGGUACUGCCACGACUACUCGCAGUACGAGCCGUACAUUGUCCCGCAUCGGCGCCUGCCCAAGUGUUUGUUCUGCAAUGUCACGAGUACGAUACUGAACCGCAUUCCCGCCGAAGUGGAAAAGCACGUGCAGGGCAAGCGGUACAAGCGGAUGAAAGAGCACGUGAAGGUGCAAGUCAGCAAAGGCGACAAGAAUGGCAAUGACAAGACGCAGUCGAGUAGUGAUCGAGACUUUGACGCAGACCUUUUUGAGUUUGAGAACAGCCAAGUGAUCUACUCGGACGAGGAGGACGAGCAGAGAGAUGACAACGAUGAAAGCGACGAGCGAGAGGGACGAACGAAAGCGAGUCAAUUGAACAAGGACGAGAACGACGACGACGACAUGGCCGACUUGUACCCUGACGAUGAUGACAUGGAGGAAGGAAAAGACAGUGGAGCUAGAGGCGACGACACGAGCGAGGCGACUGACGAGGCGACCGACGAGGCGUCUCGGAAGAAGCGCCGCGCUACGAGCCAUUCAGGUUCCAAGAAGACACGGCAUCGGUCGAAGCAGGUCAAAAACGCCAACUCUUGUGUACCGACAUGA